CGCCUGCUUCAUUUAAACCCGCAUCUAGUCCAGAAUCGCAACCCUCGCUAUUUGAUCAUCACCCAACUCUAGGACCAGACAAAACAGGCUUCACCAAGUACGCGACCACCUUUCGACUUCAAGAAACAUGUCCGCAGAGAUUUGGCAGAAUGUUCCUCUCGCUCCGCCCGACAGCAUUUUCAAGUUGACUGCUGCCUACAAGGCCGAUACCUUCCCGCAGAAAGUGAAUCUUGGUGUUGGUGCCUACAGGGACAACGACAACAAGCCAUGGGUUCUUCCUGUUGUGAAGAAGGCUACCCAAAUCUUGGUCAAUGACCCUAAUCUCGAUCAUGAAUACUUGCCAAUUACUGGCCUGCCUGAGUUUACUGGUGCUGCGGCGAAACUUAUCUUGGGAUCUGACUCUCCUGCUCUUCGCGAUGGGCGCGUAGUCAGUGUGCAGACCAUUUCAGGUACAGGCGCAAACCACCUCGGCGCUCUCUUCCUGAGCAAGUUUUACACUUGGAAUGGGAGCAAGCAGGUCUACUUGAGUAAUCCCACGUGGGCAAACCACCAGGCUAUCUUCCGCAAUGUUGGUAUCGAGCCUGUCGAUUACCCUUACUAUGACCCAAAGACUAUCGGGCUGGACUUUGAUGGCCUAAUGAACUCGAUCUCGGAUGCGCCGUCUGGAUCGGUAUUCCUACUUCAUGCGUGUGCCCACAACCCCACUGGAGUGGACCCUACCCAAGAACAGUGGCAGCAGAUUGCCAAAGCAAUCGUAGCCAAGAACCAUUAUAUGUUCUUUGAUUGUGCAUACCAAGGCUUCGCUAGCGGCGACCUGGACCGGGACAACUGGGCCGUCAGGCACUUCGUCGAGAGGGGCGUGCCGAUGCUCGUGUGUCAGAGUUUUGCCAAGAAUGCCGGGCUUUAUGGCGAGCGUGUCGGGGCUCUCCACCUCGUGUCACCGACCAAGGAAGCAGCGGAUCGAGUGAGAAGUCAGCUCUCUGUGUUGCAGCGGAGCGAGAUCAGCAACCCUCCUUCAUACGGUGCUCGCGUGGUUGCGUUGAUCUUGAACAAUCCGACUUUGUUCGCUGAGUGGAACCAAGACAUCAAGACCAUGGCUGAACGUAUCAUAACGAUGCGCAAGGAGUUGCACCACCUGCUGACGGAGGAGCUGCACACGCCUGGAAACUGGGACCAUAUUAUCAACCAAAUAGGCAUGUUCAGCUUUACGGGAAUUAACACGGACCAAUCCAAAUCCAUGACGGAGAAAGCACACAUUUAUCUCACGACGAACGGCAGGAUAUCGAUGGCCGGGUUAAAUACUCACAACAUCCGGUACGUAGCGGAAAGCCUUGAUAAGGUCGUAAGAGGGGAGUUGUAAUAGAGCGACGUGCAAUGGUUGAAGAAGCCCUGUUAGUAUAGGGCACUAUUUGGCGGUGUUGAUGGUGUACUAGUACUAGUAACGUUUAAGCCCUUAUACUUAUC